UGUUGUUCUUUCUGUCUUUGUGUAACGUUUGUCUGUGCUUCACACCACGUACAUAUAAAAACAUUGAACUAGUUGCGGAAGCUUCAUAGGCUGAUGGUGAAAGUUUAGAGUGAACCACAUGACAGUUUAUACUGACUUUUAUAGAUUGAUGUGUGAAAAUGAAGAAUGAAAGAAGUUAUUGGGCACCAUGAGCAACUUAGAGAAUGGUCAAUAUGAUGACAGCAUUUCUUGGUUAUUAAAUCAAUUACAUCACGCAGAGUAAAACUUGUUUGAUUUCUGCAGUAAAAGUUAAAAAAAAAAUUGUAGUCACCCAGAGAGAGAGAGAGGAGGCAGGUGUUAAAGAUGGAAAAGACAGCCAAGGUGUUUUUCAACAUUCAUUUUACAAGACAAUUCAUAGUGGAAACUACUACAGCUGUACAGCACACUUGAUCACUACAGUGCUGACUUCUAAGAAAGUACUGUGUACUGUGUUUCUGUUGCUUCUGACAAGUCAUUUGAAGUCAGUCUUAUGAGUGUUAAAGUGAAAUUAACUCAAAGUAAUAUAACAUAUGUAGCACAGCACUCAGAGCACACAGUUACACAACCAUUCAGAAAAGGCCAUGACAGACAAUAACAGUUGUUGUAGCAAAAUUUCAGAUGUCUUCAACAUAGUUUCAUUGUAUACAAACCUAAAUUGUUUUUAUUUCAGUGAAUUCACAAACGCCAACCCUGAGCUUGAUUCCUGUAACAACUCGGAAAAGUACAUUUUUCAUGUGUGUUAUUGAGGAUUUCUACCCCAUGGAUUACUACUUCACUAUACGUUGGAAAGUAAAUGAUACCAUCAGCCAGAUACAGUCAAAACUGGAGUACAAAUUGAAUGAUGAAGGUCUUUAUACAGCACAAAAUCUUUAUAAAGUCAGCAGUGAGACAUGGAAUGCAAAUACGAACUAUACCUGCGAGGUCACACACCAGGGCAAAACAAUUAUUGAGAAGAAGAACUUCAAGUCAUCUAAUGCUCCAUUCACACUAACACUGAAGCCACCAAUUGAGAGAGAAUUAUUUGUCAAUGAUAAAGUUAUCUUGGAAGCUGUUGUUUCUGGAGAUGUAAAAAGGGCAGUGAAAGAAGCUUUGGUGACGUGUUAUGGACUGAAACCCAGUGUUGUCAUUUACACACCUGAUUCUAUUGACACAGACAGAGUCUCUCUGGUGUGUGAGGUCACCAGCCCUAAACUUGGAAAUGUCAAUAUCAUGUGGAAAGUGGGUGAAGAGCCUUACAUAAAGGGCUCAACCAGCACUCCCAUCCAUCAACGGGACUCCACAUCUGUUCUCAGCAUACUAACAAUAUCAAAACAAGAGUAUGAAAAGUACAACACCAUCACCUGCUCAGUCAUACAUGCCAACAUGAAUAACAGAAGAAAUCCAUUACAAGUUUCAACAUCCUAAAGGAAACAGCCAGAGUUUUCAUGUGAUUAAUGUACAAGUACUGGACCAAAUGAUCAUCAUGACAUUUACCUGUUGUUCACUUGUGUUCUCCAGUGCUUCUGUCCUGUUGCUCUCUUGUCAGAUCAUAUAUCUUUGUUGUUUUUGUGUGUUUUUUGUGUGUUCUGUGUAUAUCUGUAUCACUGAACUGCAUGGAUCAAACAUAAAUGGCAAAUUACAGUCAAAACUGUUUAAUUUGUUAUUGGAUGCAAAUUAAAUAUGGUCACAUGAAAGCAUAGUCUGCAUAAUAUAGUAUGAAAAAUCAAUAGUUUUCAAGAGAAAAAAUUUUAAUGUGUGAUACUUAAAUUUGCUCAUUUGUUUUGUUCUGUGUUUACUGUUCAUCUUUAUUUGAUUUUGUUGUUUUACAUUAUUAAAGGUGCAGUGUGUAGAUUUUAGCGGCAUCUAGCGGUGAUGUUGAGAAUUGCAAUAAAUGGAUUAGCCCCUCCCCCCGCCACUCCCUUUGAGAAGCUACUGCAGACACAGGACAAAGAUGUCUCAUCUGAGACUCUGAGCAGAGAGUAGCCAGUCAAGCAUUGAGGUUUCUUUACAAAGAUAAAUUAAGAAAUUAUAUGUAAUUAAUUAUUUAGUAAAUCGAUGUUAUUGCGAACAUGUUCAUCAUUGUGUUGGUGUUUUAUUUGCUGACUUUACCUAGCUUUUUGCAUGCUAGUUAGUACAAGGUAAGAGUAAUGAAGCAGCUAGCUAACGUAAUGGUAGAUAACUAUGCUGUGCAGAGUGUUUAAUCUGACAGCGAGAUAGCAUUAGCAGAUGUUUUUCUCCAUGUUUGCAGGGUCAGACACAACCAGAGUACGCACCGCAGGUAACAGGAAGAGGGACAGGGAGAGGUUUGUUCAAAUAUUUCUUACUUUUCUUACUUCUACGAACGACCUCUGCUUCUAAUAAACCACACAACGACUACUACUACUUCUCCUUCGUGCGUAUUCAACGUAGCAACGAUGCAAGCUGCCUCUAAAAACACAAGGAAGAAACGAAGAAGAACAACAGUGACGAAACAUGCUCUGUAAAGUAGUUUGUCCAUUUAGAGCUACUGUAGAAACAUGGCGGUGCAAAAUGGUGACUUAACCAUGGAGGGGGACCCGCGGUUUGUGUAGAUAGAAAUGGCUUAUUCUAAGGUAAUUAAAACAUAAUGGUGAAUUUUGUAAG